AUUGUGGGGCAUGCCCUCCAAGAAGGCCCUUCCUGUUUCUUUGCUUCCCAGCUACCAUGAAGUGCGAAGCUUUGCUUUGCUAGGUGCUCCCACUGUGAUGCACUGCCUUGACCAGGGCCCAAAAGCUCUACACCUAACUUUGGAUUGAAACUUCUGAAAUUGUUAUCUUCUCUUGGAUGACGGAUGACCCAAUACUCGAAAGCUCAAUCACAUCGCAAGUCGUUAUGUUCUCCACGCCUGCAUGGACUCUUCCAUGAUCCACCUCCACCCCUGUCCAGAGUCAGCCGCUGGAUAUCUGCUUAUUUUGGUACCAUGGGAGCACCAAGAGGACCUCGCCGUCUUCGCAGCCGUCGCCACCGCUGCUCAGUCCGCUCCCAACGUGCUCGGGCUAACUUCAUGGCUUUUGCAGCCUUUGUGCUCAACUUGCCCACCAUGUUACCACAGGGCCAACCAAGCUACCACCCUGAAUGCGAGGCCGCAGUCAUCAACCAGAUCCACCUGCAGCUCCACUGCUCUUACAUCUACCUCUCCAUGGCCCUCUACUGCAACAGCGUCAGCGGGGCUUUGAAAAACUACUCGCACUUUUUCCUUCGCCGGUGUCAUCAGUGGCAGGAAGGUGCUGAGAAGCUCAUGCGGAUGCAACAGGACCGAGGUGGUAGUGUCGUCCUUUGCAACAUCGUAAAGCCUAAUAUCAGUAACUGGCAUGCCUGUAUCCAGGCUGUGGAGUACGCCUUCCGUGUGGAGAACACUCUCAAGCAGAGCCUCGUGUUGCUGCAUAGCCUUGCAACUGACAAGAAUGACUCCGACCUGAGCACUUUCCUGCUGUACCACUACAUAAAGCCCCAGGUUCCGGUUCUCAACCAGUUGGAAAACUGCUUGACCAGCCUUCGUGAGACGGAGACCGCGGGGGACAGCUCAGUGAGCUACCUCUUUAGCAAGCUUAGCCUGGAGGACACCAACAAAGAGAACUGAGCACAGACUGUCCCCAGGUCUUUGGGAUCCUCCCUUGGUCACCAGGCAGGGGGGUGCACUCUCCACUCACCACAUUAACUUCAGCUCUUUUCGUCAAACUGUUGUUUCCAAUAAAGUUGUUACUUGGUUCUUA